AUGACUCUCAUCACGGCUCUCACCGCCGGCCUGGCUCUGGCUUCCACCGCCGCCGGUCUCCCCGCGGCCAACGCCAACGACAAGCGAUUCAGCGUCGAGCAGAUCCGCAACCCUCGCUACGUCCGCAACGGCCCUCUUGCCCUGGCCAAGGCCUACCGCAAGUACGGCGCUCCUCUCCCUGAGGAUCUCUCCAAGGUCAUCGCCAACAUCACCUCCACCGGCGCUACCAAGCGUGCCACCGGCAGCGUGGCCGCCACGCCCCAGGACUACGACGUUGAGUACCUCAGCCCCGUCCAGAUCGGCACCCCGGCCCAGACCCUCACCCUCGACUUCGACACCGGAUCUUCCGAUCUCUGGGUCUUCUCCACCUCCACCCCGUCCAGCCAGCGCAACGGCCAGACCGUCUACGACCCCAGCAAGAGCAGCACCGCUUCCCGCCUCACCGGUGCCACCUGGUCCAUCUCCUACGGUGAUGGCUCCAGCUCCAGCGGUAUCGUCUACAAGGACACCGUCUCCGUCGGCGGUCUGUCCGUCACCGGCCAGGCCGUCGAGGCUGCCUCCAAGGUCUCCAGCUCCUUCAGCGAGGAGAGCGACCUGGACGGUCUCCUUGGACUUGGCUUCAGCUCCAUCAACACCGUCUCCCCUACCCAGCAGAAGACCUUCUUCGAGACUGCCAAGUCCAAGCUCGAUGCUUACCUCUUCACCGCCGACCUGAAGCACAACACUCCCGGCAAGUACAACUUCGGUUAUAUCGACACCGCUGCCUACACCGGCGCCAUCACCUAUGUCUCCAUCGACAACUCCGGUGGCUGGUGGCAGUUCACCUCCUCCGGCUACUCUGUCGGCUCCGCCACUUUCACCUCUACCUCCCUCAACGGCAUCGCUGACACCGGAACCACCCUCCUCCUCCUCCCCCAGUCCGUCGUCACCGCCUACUACAAGGGCAUCACCGGCGCCAAGUACGACUCUUCUCAGGGUGGCUACACCUUCCCCUGCUCCGCCACCGUUCCCUCCUUCACCUUCGGUGUCGGCAGCGCCCGCGUCACCAUCCCCGCCAGCUACAUGAACUACGCCCCCGUCAGCACCAGCACCUGCUUCGGUGGUCUCCAGAGCAGCUCCGGCAUCGGUGUGAACAUCUUCGGCGACGUCGCGCUCAAGGCUGCCUUCGUCGUCUUUGACGGUGCUUCCAACCGCCUUGGUUGGGCCAAGAAGACCCUCAACUAA